UUUCACACAAAUAAUUUUGUCAUGUUAAAAAAACAUUGUAUUAAUCUUGUUUUUCUCUGUCUUGCAGGGCAGCACAACUAUUUGUGUGCUGGAAGAAAUGACUGCAUAGUUGAUAAAAUUCGUAGGAAGAAUUGUCCAGCGUGUCGCUUGAGGAAGUGCUGUCAAGCUGGAAUGGUCCUGGGAGGCCGGAAAUUUAAAAAGCUUAACAAAAUUAAGGUUGUGAGGACAUUAGAUGUUGCACUCCAGCAGCCAGCAACCCUUCAGGAUGAAAGCCAAUCUCUAACGCAAAGGCUGUCCUUUUCUCCGAAUCAAGAAAUACAGUUUGUUCCCCCAGUGAUAAGUGUUUUGCGAGGCAUUGAGCCUGAAGUUGUCUAUGCUGGUUAUGACAAUACAAAACCUGAAACACCAAGUUCCUUGCUGACCAGUUUAAAUCAUCUUUGUGAGAGGCAACUUCUUUGUGUAGUCAAGUGGUCAAAAUUGCUACCAGGAUUUCGGAAUUUACAUAUUGAUGAUCAGAUAACUCUCAUCCAGUAUUCCUGGAUGAGUCUAAUGGUUUUCGCAAUGGGAUGGAGAUCAUACAAACAUGUCAGUGGUCAGAUGUUGUAUUUUGCACCAGAUCUGAUUCUGAAUGAACAGAGGAUGAAAGAAUCAUCGUUCUAUUCGCUAUGUCUCUCCAUGUGGCAGCUCCCACAGGAGUUUGUCAGACUCCAAGUUAGCCAAGAAGAGUUCCUGUGUAUGAAAGCACUACUGCUUCUCAAUACAAUUCCUUUGGAAGGUCUAAGAAGUCAAAGCCAAUUUGAUGAGAUGAGAACGAGUUACAUUAGAGAACUGGUGAAGGCCAUUGGCUUGCGCCAGAAAGGUGUUGUGGCUAAUUCCCAGCGUUUCUAUCAGCUUACAAAACUGAUGGAUUCCAUGCAUGAUCUAGUGAAACAGCUCCAUCUCUUCUGUCUGAACACGUUUCUCCAGUCCCGUGCACUGAGCGUUGAAUUCCCCGAGAUGAUGUCAGAGGUGAUUGCUGCACAGCUGCCCAAGAUUCUGGCAGGGAUGGUGAAACCUCUUCUCUUUCACAAGAAGUGAAAUGUCUUUUAUCAUAGGGAUGAUUUCUGGGUUGGUUUUUGUUUGCUUAUUUUGGUCAAGAUUUUGCAAUGUCAGGACUUCAGUGUAUUUGUCAUACUCUGCCUACUGCUUUGUACUUGUAACAUACACAAGCCAUUUAAGCUUGAUGUACAUAUUGUGUGUUCCUGAUUCCUUAACUGCAAAAAUCACAACAGUCAGAAGAAAUGUUUUGUAAACUUGGGUAGAUUGCUUUUUAGAUAUGCGUGAGAAUGACAAUGAAUUGAGUUUUCAGAUUUCUAAGAACAGUUAUCUUAUACAUUUUCUUACAUAUUACACACUUUCAAAUUUCUGAGAUGUCAUGGUGAAAACUUUUUAAUACAUUGUGUGCAUGUGUACACGUGGGCAUGCGCAUGGUCCUAAAGUUUUUGAGGGAAUUAAAAUGUAUAUUGCCCACACUUUCUCACGGAUAUUUGACUUUUUAUUUACUAAUCUGCUUCACCAAAAUAUCCUUUCAAAGUCAGCAGUUCGAGUUUAAGUAGAUACCACUGCAGUACCUUCGUGAGUAACUAAAGCGCUCUCUGCAAAAUAUGUAAAAAUGGAUUCAUGUUCUUCUGUGUGCUCAUGCUGUAUUGAAAUUCUGAUACCAGUGUGCUUCUUUCUGCAUCACUCAGUGCAGUUCUCCUUCAGAAGUCAGAAAGCAGAGGAAAAUUUCAGUAUAUAUUACACCAGAAGUAAGAUGUAUGUAAACCCACACAGCUUCAGUUUGCGUUAUUUUCCUUUAAAGUUUGGCACUUAGUAAAGCUAAAACACAUUGUUGUAAUUGUAAAUUUAGCAACUUAAAAAUUAUGUAUUUCAGAAGUUUUAAAUGGAAAUAUUUUCCCUGACUACCACUCUUAAUAAUCUUGAUGGUUUGAAUUCCUCUGUAUACUUAACCAAACACUACCAUCAAAUUUUAGAGAAGUCAGAAACAAAAAGAAGUGGAAAAUAUGACCACAAACAUUUUGAUACACUUAACAUUCAUCUUAAUACCAUUUAGUGAAGCUACAUAUUUUAUACUUUAAAGGCAUGCUGUUUUAGUUGGAGUAACUGUAUGAGGAGUUGGGCUAAACGAGCAUUAUACAUUCAAGAAGAAUGUCAUGGUUUUCCUGGAAAUGAAAUAUUUGACUAAAAAUGAUAGUGCAAUGGUUGUUGUUCCUUUUGUAUGGACAUGAAGCUACUCAUAUUUGAGGCAGUAAAUGCUGAUAUAUUCAGACAAACAGAGAUGGAUAAGCCCAAGAAGAAUUUGGAUUAUUAAAAUCUGACAAAUUUUUGCCAGUCACUAAAAACGAUACCCAGCUUCUCUAGCACUAAUCAAUAUAGGAAAUUGCAAGUCCUGGAUAACUGCUGGCCAUAUGCUUUUGCUUUUCCCCAUUAGAUGCAUCCAUUGUGGUAGCAUUCUGCUUAUGGUAUGUAAUAUGGAUGUAUGGACUUGUCUUUGUCAGGUAAGCUAAGGCCCACCAAGAGGAAGCUACAUAACAGAUAGGAAUAGAAGUAUCCUGCAUAGUACAAAACCCACUGGAGUUGUGGUAAAGAAGUGACCCAAGUGAAAAUGGUCUAAGCAGACUUCUGUGUUUGUUUACUAGGUUUGUAACUUUUAACUGCCCCUAAACAAGCUAUUUCUUACUUAUUCAAUACAGUCUGACUUUCAACUGUCAUCCUUAAAGCAAUUGUGUUUUAAUAAAUAACACAAAAUUCUGUUUCUACA